AUGUCUCAAGAUAUUGACUAUUAUCGGAAUGUAUCACUGAGACUAUCAGAGGUUCUCAGUGAUAUUAGUGUGACUGAGAAUAUUGUGCUGAAGAGGAGGAGGAUGAUGUUGCUGCAGGAAACUAUGGCCACUACUAAAGACAGAUUAAUGGGCAAGCCCACUUCAACGUAUAUCUUUGGAAGCCAGUCUGAAGGAAGCACAACAUUAGGACUCAAGUCAGAUUAUGAUAUACUCCACUGCUGCUCAGACUUCAAUAUAAUACAGGACUGGGCUCAGUGGCAGCCUGGUGUAAAAAAUCUUCUGAUGAUCCAGGAUGAGACAACAUCUCCUGGCUACUGUCUUCUACAAAAAGUUAGGGCAGAUGAGUCUCUUCCAGCUCAGAUUUCUUUAAUUGUACAUGAAGCUGUACACAAAGAAAACCAUCUUUUAACAGUUAGUGGAGACAGAGUACUGCUAAAGAACACAGUGCCAACAUUCAUCUUUAAAGAAUUACCAGGAGCUGUACGAAAACAAGGCCCUGCACUAACACAGACAAUUCGUGGGUUUCAUGAACAUGAUUUUGUUUUAGCAUUCCCCUGUGAAACAUGGCCUGUGGAAGCUCAACCUUGGUUAAUAAGACAAGGUAAAGGACGAUGGCCUACAGAAGAAAUGAAGAGAUAUUGUAAGACUACAGGAUGUUUUGUUGUAGCAGUGGGCAGUAAGAAUGGUCAGUAUGAGGAACAUGAAUGGAGAAUAUCUACUUCAUUAGCUGAAAGAUGUCUGAUGUUUAGUUUAAACAUCACACAAUUACGAUGUUACAUCCUUAUGAAGAUGAUUCUAAAAACAUUCAUCAACCCUCAGUGUGAUGGUGUCCUUUCAAGUUUCAUUUGUAAAACUGUAUUAUUUUAUUGUAUACAGAAUAAAAGGUCAAAUGUAUGGCAAGAAAACAAUUUGCUUGCAUGUUUGAAUUGUUGUCUUUUAGCAUUACUGAACUGUGUUAGACAAGAAAACUGUCCACAUUUCAUAAUACAUGGAAACAACCUGAUGGCAGGGAAAAUUUCAUCUUCGAACAAACACAAACUUCUAGAAAUCCUGCAACUCAUCAUACAAAGUGAGGGUGGGGCACUUCUUGAAAUUCCUAUUGAUGGUUUGGGGUUGAGAGUCAAGGAAAAAUUCGGGAUGAGAGUUAAGGAAAAACUUAUCACCCUUCAAAAUGAAUUGAUUUCAUUACAGCUGCUGUAUAAUACUGCCAAACAUGUAACAUUAAUUCAAAAAGAUGUUUUAAUGCCAAUACUACCUUGUGAAAAUGAAAUGGUGCAGCAGAAACUGUCUGACUAUAUAUUUACACUUGCUAGAAUAUACUGGGACACAGAUGUAAACAGUUUACAAAAAACAACAUGCAGACUUUUAACACCCUCACUAUGUUCAUCACUAGCAUCUGUGAUAGCAUCUAAUGACAUUUACGCUAACAAUACUGUAUCCCCAGUGGCACUAGCCUUGUUUUCAGCAGGUCUGAGUUCAGAUGUGUCAUCUGGAAGACUAAAACUUGCAUCAGCAUUGUAUUGUACGGGAGAUAUAAUUGGAACAGAGUUUGUACUGAGGAAUACUGAACAUUUGUAUGAUCUUAACAUUGUGGAACCUGUAUGUGCUUGUAUUUGUAUAGGCAAAGAAAAAAUCAUAAGAACAGGAUUCGCCGAGAAAUCAACCAAUGGCAAUGAAGAACUAAUCAGACAUGUCACUGCACAUUGUGUUGUAUUCAUGCAGUAUGAAAUAAACUGUGUUCCACAAGAACUAAAAUAUGAAAUGUUUAGAUUUUCACAAGAAGAAAUGCUCGAAAGGAAUUUUCUUGACUACUGGAUGGAUUGGGCUGUUGUUGACUCUCUGCCUUAUCUCUACUUCCUACAAUACAAGACCUACAGUCACCUUCAGAGAGCUGCAGAAAAACAUCAGGCCCUCACAAACCUUGUCACAACCAUCAAUACAGAAAAAAACCUUGGUCACCGAGAAACAGCGCUAAAUCUACUGGGACAAUGUUUCGAACAAGAAAAUCGACAUAUGGAUGCUUUAUGCUGCUACAUUGUAUCUCUUAAUGUACGUCCAAGAAACAAUGUAGCAAAAAUACACAUAGGUAGACUGCUUAAUGUAUUAGUUAAUGCAGAAAUCAUUUAG